AUGGACUCAUUUCAGGAUAAGGUCUAUGUGGUGACAGGCCUUGGUGGGAUCGGUCUCGCCGUCGCAAAGCAGCUCCACGCCCGCGGCGCAAGCCUCUCACUAGCCGACAUCUCCAUGAAAACCCUCACAACCGCAGUGCAAGAGAUCACCAAAAGCACCAGCAGCGGCACGAAGCCCAACGCCGAGAAUAUCAUGACAACGGUCUUGGACAUCGGAAGCGCAGCGGCCGUCAACGACUGGAUCAGCGCAACAGUCUCACGCUUCGGCAAAUUGGACGGCGCAGCGAACAUGGCCGGGGCAAUCGGUAAACAGCACGGGGUUGGCCGCUUUGUCGACCAAGAGGACGACGAGUGGGAUAUGUUGGUACGGGUGAAUCUUUCUGGAAUGAUGUAUUGCCUGCGGGCGGAGCUGCGGGCAAUCAUGGCAUGUGGGCCCGACGGCAAGGGGAUGGGUAGUAUUGUCAAUGCGUCAAGUAUUCAGGGACUUCGGGGAUUUCCAUUGCAUGCGGCUUAUUCGACAACGAAGCAUGGGGUUGUUGGGAUGACGAGGUCUGUUGCAAAGGAGGUGGGCCCGCAUAUUCGGGUUAAUGCUGUUGCUCCUGGCUCGAUCCAAACGCCUUUGCUUGACCAGGCGGCUGUUAUUCAGGGUGGUCCAGCAGUGCCUCCCUCUGUCAUUCCCCGGGUUGGAACACCCGAGGAAGUCGCCCAGACAGUCGUGUUCCUAUUGAGUGAUGCGGCCUCGUAUACGACCGGACAGGUCUACAGCGUGGAUGGUGGAUGGGAUCCAUGA